AUGGCGGACACCUGCGCGGCAGAUGCGCGCGCCAGCUUGCGCCAGCGCCGAAAUGAUACGCGUUUAUUAACAGACGCUAAUACUAUUGAAGUAUGUUACUUUUCUAUAUCAUUGAGAGCUGGAAAAUGGGCGCGGGCUGCAUCUGAGACACGGAAACCGGCGUGCUCCGGGCUUCACGCAACGCUGAACUUUUGCCCGGUGAAUGGAGGAGAAAAAAAACAACAUUACCACACACAAGCCCGCAUCGGGCAGCCCUCCGCCGGCCAAGGGGAACGGGAGCAUUGUGCGCGCACGUGCUUCCGACGCCUC